AUGCUCCUCACAGUAUCACCUCUCAUCACUGGUCAGGGAACUCAGUGGGGUUCAUUACACAAACGCCAGGAACCCCACUGGGUACAGCACUACAACUGGCGUAAGCAUAUGCUGGGUGCUUUUAUUUCCUUUUUGUAUAAGCGACCUGCAACCGAGCUCACCGAACACAUCAAGCAAGAAUGCCGGUUGCAGUUGAUCCAUCUCAAUCCCCACGGAGCAACAACUUCCUCUCUCGGCACACCAUGGUUCCUCCCCGAGCCCAUGGUUGGGCUGAACAAAAUCAAAGUCAACUCCCUGCGACUCACCAAAUUUUUCAAAACCCAUGAGAGAAUCCGUGCAAAGCCGGAUAUGCCUCAAGAAGUUCGUGAUCGGAUCCUUGGAAACGCUCUUAAUACAGAGUUCCUCCAGCACCGCCGCAGUGCAAACAUCAACAACCUCCCAGCGGCGAGUUACGAAGGAUUCGAUCUCCAUACCUCCACAUUGGAGAAGCUCGGCACCCUUCCCUGCAGAGUCCUUCUCACUGAACAACCAGUAGAAGGCAGGAGUAGCCACCGCGUCGUUAUGGUGGCAGCCAAAAAGCCAGCAGACCAAGUCCAACCAAACACCGAUGACAUCCGAACGCUGGUCACGUUCCUGGAGGAUGCAAUGGUAGAUGGAGCACGAAGAGUCAAGAACCCGGUGCACCGGAUCAAAGUCUGGAAACUCGACCACACCUUCCCAAUCCUAAUGGUGACAAUCUACCCUGGAGCUCAAGCUCGGGUUCUUUACGGACACUUCGACGGGGCCGCUCUGCAGGUCCAAUAUACCGAUGUCCUCCAGUUCACCGAAGAAGGCUUUUACGAGCAAAUGCAGGGGCUGCUUUCCUGGUCCUUCCCCAUUUGCCUGUGGGAAACGGCAAUCAUCCCCCGAAUGGGGUCUAUCAUCGAGGAAGACGAGAGUGACGAUUGCUCCACUCCAGUGUACCAGUUCACUCGGAGUUUCGAGCCAACUCCUACCGAGAAGACCAAGGUUCUCGACAAGGUGGUCAAAGCGGCUGCGGUAGUGAGGGCUAAGGAGGCGAAGAAGAUCAAACGGGAGAAGAAGGGAAAUGGCAAGGGAUAUCACCGUGGGUCAAAGAAAGCUGAAAAGCAACAAGAAAACCGGAGGAAAGACUAA